AUUACCUGCAGAUUUUGCCUUGCCUACCAUCAAAAUGAAGUUCACUAUUAUGAUUGCUUCUCUUCUUGGAGUUUUCCUGGCUCCAGCCCUUGCUAACAGGAACGGCAAGAGGCACCACAGUGAGCACUCACACUGCUCUUUCCCUGACACUGGGGUCAGCACCGACUCAAAGGAGGGCUCCAAGGACUGGAAGUCUGUCUGGGACGUCGAGACUGGCUACGUAGCAACCAAGGUACUUUCAAAGCACACCUGCAUCAUUGCUAAAAUAGACAAGAGGUUUUUCCUUGAUAAACCCUUUCCUGCACCACCUCGAGGACACCAGGGACUUAGCCCUCACCAGCUUCCUCCCAGAGAGAAUCGCUUCACUAUCUCAAGAAAGAGACUCCAAAGCUUGCGCCCAUAUGGAAAACGCAUUCAAGCUCUGUGCCGAGGAAUUCCCUCUUACCUUGCUUACCCAGCUGCUGGUUCAAACUUCUUAAAGCAAGAUGUCGCAUGUUUGAAAGUUAAGAUAAACGAGCUGCCUUUCUAUUUCUGUGAUUAAUUCUUCUGGACGACGUUUGGAGGAAGAACAUUCACAGACGUGUGUACCCACAAACAAGGAUGUUUCUCGUGACAAUCUUCCCUUGAUCACAUUUUCAACCACUUCUCUGUCCCUUCUUCUGCUCUGUGUGGAGGCAAUUGUGUCUCAGCAAAAUUUACCAUCAACCUCCAUUGGUCUGCGCUGUGUUUUUACUAAUCCUUUAAAAACGUGGAAGCCAUUCCAAGGACAAGUUGCUAAACUGGUGUUCUUGCAAAAUCCCAGGUUUGGCAUUCAAACCCCAACCUGUACAAUUUCCCAGACACAUUUCACAUGCUGCCUUAAGCAAUUAUUCAUCACUACUCAAAGCAAACGGCACUAUUCCUACUGCAUAACCAUAUUUAAGAUCAUAAGGUCUGAAGUCCGGAUUUAUAGGAAUACGCAGAUCUGAGUUAUUUCUAUUGUAACUUCUUAUUAACAUACUAAGUAUUACAAUGUUUUAUGGUAGCAGUAAGCGUUGCAACGCAACAUGGCCAAGCACAAAGAGACAGAGACACUAUUGCUCUCAUCAACCCAGCAAUCAAGCUGCAAGUAACACAAUUGAUAAGUGCAUUAAAUGCAGCUUGGAGUUGACUACGGGUGGUCCUGAACUAUCUUUGAAGAACGUUUAACACAGGAAGCAAAAAAGCAUACCCUCACCAAUCAGAAGUGCAGUUGGGAAUCUGAAAGAAUCAAACCAGAGUUAGGCCAAAUCUAAGGCCAAACGGCUGGGACUAGUUGCUUCAACUAAGACGAUCACGUCCGAAACGCCGUCUGUCUGGAAAAUACCAGACCUUCACCUUCCCUCCUGGCUCAGAGGCCCUUCUGCUGGAGUUUGAAAG